AUGCAGGCCACCUGCCCACUAUCCCUGAACUCUGUAACUUCUCGAUGUCUACCAGGUAAGCAGACGAGCACGAAGACAUUUCCUCCCAAGCAGCACCUUCGAACCCAGCCAAGGAUUGCCAUCCUCUGCGAAGUGAUCACAGCCGUAGCUGAUGCUGAAAAAGAGGCUCUGCAGGUGAGUUGGACGACGGAGGUUCUGCAGACAUGUCUCUCGGCCGGCGCGGACCAGAACAAUGACGGAUGCAUCGAUCUGCAGGAGUUCCACAGCAUGCUUCAGAACCAGCAGGUGAGGAAGGUUCUGCACGAGGUGGACGUGGAUGUCCAAACCCUGGUGAAUUUCGCAGACGUGCUCUUCGAGGAUGAUGAAGGAACCACGCAGCCACAGCUGCCCUUCGCCGAUUUCAUGCAGCGGCUGCUGCAGCUGAGAGGCCGAAAUACGGCGACUGUGAAGGCACCGCAGGUUCUAGCGGACUUUGCUGCGACUUUUGGUGAGGAGGUUUAA